AGACAAGAGUAUAAAUGCGGGAGAAGGCACUCUCAAGCCACGCCACCUGCCACAUCUGUUGUAGAGAGCAGCAGCACCAAAGAAAAUCUAAAAAUGGCCUUCGCUGGAAUUCUUAAGGACGAGGAUGUGGCUGCCGCCAUCGCCGAUUGCGCUGCUGCUGAGAGCUUCAACUACAAGAACUUCUUUGCCAAGGUUGGCCUGUCAGCAAAAUCUGCUGAUGAUGUUAAGAAGGCUUUCUUUGUAAUUGAUCAGGACAAGAGUGGCUUCAUUGAGGAGGAUGAGCUGAAACUGUUCCUGCAGAACUUCUCCGCUGGUGCCAGAGCUCUGACUGAUGCUGAGACCAAGGCUUUCCUUGCAGCUGGUGACAGUGAUGGAGAUGGCAAAAUUGGAGUUGAUGAGUUUGCUUCCCUUGUGAAGGCUUAAGUGCUCAAGGACCCCAUUUCUUCUUUUUUUUCUUUUUGGAAAUAGGUCUCUAUACUUUUGUAGAGCCCCAGGCUCCAAUACUUAAUCAUUUUUUUUUAUAUAUGUAUUUAUUUAUGACAACUCAGAACUCCUCACUGCAAGAAAAAAAAGUCUUACAAACUAUUUAUUGCUCAUUUAUUGCUUGUUGGGUAUGUAAUUAUGUAAAGUGCCUGACUUGUGCAAAUAUAAAAUGCCUUUUGCACUUUUGACAAUUAAAUAAAUUUGCAUUUGGUGUAA